AUGGUUACUUCAAGUACAAAAGCCGAUAAAACCUAUAGACCCAAUCGGUCCCUGAAGAAUAGUAUUAAAGCAGAUAUAAUCAUACUGGGGUGUAGUCUUCCGGGUAUCGUAACUGCACACAAGCUUAAGAAGAAGUUCGGCGACACUAUGGAUAUCAUGGUUCUUGAUCUGUCCACGACCAUAAGACAAAUAUCCAAGGGAAACGUAGCGUUCGACGCGGAACAUGUAACGCCAGAUCAGAACGACACCGAAGUCGGUAACACCGUUAUCCAACAAAAUACUCACCUCACCAAUUUUUUUCUAACCAAAUACGCACUGGACUUCAACAUCCCUAUACCCACAGCCUUACUCGGUCAGCGAAUGGACGAACCCGACAUAAAAAUCUUCCAACAUCUUAAUGGACUUUGCGUUGAUUUAAACUCCAGCUACCACGAUUUUGAAUACUUGAACUUCUUGGAAAGAUUUGAGUUAAAACAAUACCAACGCCUACUCGACGACUCGAUGCAUAGUUUGUUUAAAAUUGACUCCACUCCAACCGCAUCAGAACAAAAAUUACUAUUGUACUACGACCAGACGUCAAUGGAGAAGCACCUCUCUGCUGAGCUAUUAUUCACUACGUCAAAAGAAAUCAUGCGAACUACCGUCAGACUGGUUUGUGGAGCGUCUCCCAAACACGUGUCGGUACUUUUCUUCCUUCAUCAAUGCUAUAGAACGAGUAGUUGUACGAAUCAUUUAGACGGGGAUAAUGUGAGAAUUCGCGAAAAGCUCCUAGGUUAUUGUCGCAAGCGGUUGGCUAUAAAACUACUACAGAGCACCGAGGACAUAACAUUAAAAGCAAAACCUAUAACAGAAAUCAGAACGUACUCUAACCAAGAAGUUAUUUUAGAGACUAUGCUGGGAGAAACCAAUUACAUCUGCAAUUUACUAGCUAUGGCGCUGAGUCCUGAACAACUGAACGAAAUCACAGUCGAGACGAGGCUGAUGUCGGAGAAUGAAGUCACUAUCACUGAGAGAAUGAUGAAAGGGCGGAUCAAAAGUUUCCUAAUACAGUAUGAAACAAAUAUCUGGCGGAAGCAUGGAUAUAGUGGGGACAUUGUUAGUGUGCGUGGGCCUAUAAUAUGGGCUACUGAGCGUCCAAGAUUAUCCGGGACAGGGGCAACAGAAAAAUAUGCUACUUUGAUGGGAUAUUUGGAUGUUAAAAACUUGGAAACAAAUUAUAAAGAUGGAGUUGUGGAGCAGUUGGUUUUGUUAUUCGGUGAAGAAGCCAGGAACCCUGUCUUAUAUUCUGAGAAAAUAGUGAAUGAUAUACUUGUGCCUAGGCUUGGUGAUUAUUUGAAAUUAUACCGUAUGACGAGGCAACACAGUUCGAAGUAUCUGGUGUGGGCUGCAUUGGAUAUUUUUGCUGAUGGUGAUGUGGCUGGUGCCAUUGAAGCUGGUCAUCGGGCGUAUUUGCAUUUGAUAAGUUUGUUGCGGCCGCAGUCGAAGAAUUUUGAAGACGUGGUUUUGGGCCAGUGGCCAUCUACUUUGCUAGAAUGGCGUCUGAUCCGAACUAUAAGGACAACUAGUUUAAUAGGUGCCGUUCAAUACCUCAUCUAUGGCACAGCGGUCUUGUACGGUCUACAUUUAUUGCGUUCCUAUUUCCGCAGAUAAAAAAAUCAAAACGUCGACGAGUUAAAGUGUCUAAUAUAUAUUAUUGACGUUGGAUUUUUACGUGUAACUUUAAUUAUAAAUUAUUUUAAUAUUGUCCUUCAGUAUGAUUUGUAUUUAUCCAUUCAU